UUAUUUCCCUUUCCCCGCUGCCGAGCCGAGCCGAGCCGCUGAUCUCAAUGGUGGGGGGUGGAGGCUAGAAUCUGGCGGCAGGCGACCGCUGGUCUCUCUCUGGCCCUGCUUCCCUGCCUGGUGUGUGCGCGGCUAAGGGCUCGGCUGGCUGGCGGCCGGCACUGCGCUGAAGGCAGCCCGCGGUGUGUGGGCCGAACCGGACGGGGACUCGGUGCGGAGCCGAGAGACGCCUGGCUCAAAAGCUCCAGCAGCGAUAGCAGCGCGUACUCCUGGGUUUGUGAUGAGCCCGCACUCAGCAUCGAUUUAGGUCUGCUAACCUACACACAGUUUCGAUUUUACUUCCGCACUUGUCCGCCUUGAAGAUGCAGACCUGGCUGAGAGGGAAGCGAGUCGGGUACUGGCUGAGCGAGAAGAAGAUCAAAAAGCUGAAUUUCCAGGCCUUCGCGGAUCUCUGCAGGAAAAGAGGCAUUGACGUGGUGCCGCUUGAUUUGGAAAAACCAAUCGAGGAGCAGGGGCCACUUGAUGUUAUAAUCCACAAACUGACUGAUGUUAUUCUGGAGGCUGAUCAAAAUGAUGCACAGUCCCAGGAGCUGCUCCAGAGGGUUCAGGACUACAUCAACACACAUCCAGAGACCAUAAUUCUGGAUCCCCUCCCUGCAAUCAGAACCCUUCUGGAUAGAUGCAGAUCCUAUGAACUGAUUCGCAGGCUUGAAAGCUGCAUGCAAGAUGACCGUAUUUGUUCACCUCCAUUUAUGGAGCUCGCUAACCAGUGUGGUGAGGACAUGAUGGCAGAGCUGAAGAAGCACAAGCUGACAUUCCCAUUGAUUUGCAAAACCAGAGUGGCACAUGGUACCAACUCUCAUGAGAUGGCGAUAAUUUUCAGUGAGGAUGGUCUGAAAGACAUAAAACCCCAGUGUGUUAUCCAGAGCUUUAUAAACCACAAUGCUGUUCUGCACAAAGUGUUUGUUGUGGGCGAGUCGUACAGUGUGGUGGAGCGGCCAUCACUGAAGAACUUCUCCUCUGGCGUUUCAGACAGAAAAACAAUAUUCUUCAACAGCCACAACGUGUCAAAACCAGAGUCUUCAUCUGAUUUAACAGCACUGGACAUGGUGGAAGGUGUCUGCAGGCCCCCGAGUGACGAAGUCAUCAGGAAAAUAUCCAGGAACCUGCGUGAAGCUCUUGGAAUUUCCCUCUUUGGCAUUGACGUAAUCAUUAAUAACCAGACCGGCCAGCACGCGGUCAUUGACAUCAACGCAUUCCCAGGAUAUGAAGGCGUUCCAGAGUUCUUCACUGAACUGAUAAACCACAUUCAAGUUGUACUGCAAGAUCAAAACCCAGAGUCGUCUCCGUGUGGCCUGAACAAUACUGCGCCUGAGCAGGCCGCAAGCAUCUGUGGGGACCGGGCCUGUCCUGCCGCCUCGGGCUUUGUGACCAUGACGACAAAGGAGGCGUGGCUUAUGGAGGAUGACCCGGGCAACGGCAAGAAGAUGCAGCACCAGAGGCUAACCUGCAAUUCAGCUUUGCCACCCAACUUUCAGAACUGUGUUGCCCCAAUGGCAACUAAAGCUUCCUCGCAAUAACUACUGACUAAAUCCAAGCGCAAAAAAAAUCAUUAUUGGGGAUCAACACGAUCCAAUUUCUUAAAUCAAUAGACCAACUUAUGUUUGAAUGACUUCACAGGUUGGUGCAGGGACUGGAGCACAGUAUGGAAAGGUUUCUUGAGGAUCAGUUUACGUCAAAGUUUGGAUACUCAACCUAGUUCUUCUGAAGCAUUGAUAUUAGCAACAAUUGCUUUGUUAGGGAUUUACCAUACCGGAACGGGAGUCAACCUUAAUUGGCUAAUUCAGUUCAACAGGAACCCCUUUAUUUUCAUCCAAUUAAUUUGGGCACUUCAUUUCUCUCCCCCAUGAGUUCACCUCAGUCAGCGCACAGGAACCUCUUUAAAUUACUGUGCAGUGUCCUGUCAGGAGCUGCACACUAUUCCGAGAGUUCUGUGAAAUCCAUGGUUGGUUAAACUCCAGUGAGAUCUGUUCUGUCAGGUUGCAAGAAUCUGAUUGAGUUUUGGGACAAGACUUUGCUGUGGGCUUUAUCUGACAAAAGAAGUUCUCGGUAAAUAAAAGCUCUCCUCUUCAGAAGGGUAAAAUUGAGGUGACUGUUGAAGUGUGGUAAAGUGGGGAUUGCAGCAUAUUUACUUGUAAGAUAAAUAGCUUCUGAAAAUGCACAACAUAGAUUCUAAGAAGAGGUAUGAUGUAAUAUCGUUCAUGGUCUUAUUAUUAUUAAAUUUCAUAGAUGUUAACAAUAUACUUCCAUCCAUCUCCUGAUUUGAAACGAAGUCUCAACAAAGCUCAGUGAAAAUAGCUGUAGAGCCUCAUCUGUUUGUGAUGUUUACAAUGCAGUGUUAUAAAUCAGCAUUACUUUUACUCUAGUCUUCUCUUGAAGAAGAAAUGAGGAAAUUUCCUUUGUACAAUCUGCUGGAUGUUUUUGUUUGUUUCCCAGACUUGCCAUUUACAAACAGAGGAUAGGUAGGGGGUCUCGAGUUCUUUCCAGGAUGAGAGGGCUUCAGUAUUUGAUGGGCGUUUUUGAGUUUCUGUUGCAUUCGACAUUGAACCUGUCUUUGGCUAAUUUUAGAUGAAGAAGCAGAAGGGAGUUGUUGGAACUCCUUCUCUGAGCAUUUGAUAUAUGAAAGAAACAGUAGGGGGAGAUUUUAACCAAAGGUAAGUGGGCAUGUUUAUUUUAUGGAUUCCAUCCACUGCUCCUCAGACUACCAUGAAUCAAAAACUUAUACUUUUCUGAAUCAAAUCCAAAGUCAUUGUGUACGAACAUUGCAGGCUGAAUGGACAAUGCAUCCAGGUUAAAAUCUGCAUCAUAUUUUUGGUUUAAUAAUCGCACUAGCUCAUUUGAUUUAUUUGCAGAAGGAAUAUGUUAUUGAGAUUAUGCUGAAAAGCUACACCUUUGCACCACCCUAAUCUUCGGGCAACUCUUAACUAUGAUUCUGGCCUGGGAUUGAUUUGUAUUUGUUCCUCCUCGUGGAAACCAGGUCCAAAUAUGAUUACAGUAAAUAGCUUAGUGCAGUGGAUAUUUGACAUGUUAGUGCUUUUCCUGUCUUGCCUUGUUGGAUGAAAGUUAGUGAGGGUUGGCUGGCUUUCUGCCCAUAUCCCCACUGUCCUGUCAGCAUUGGCAAGGCUCAGUCACACUGCUUCAGUCUUCCGUCUGACUACUGAAAGGCAAUUUAGCAUUUAAACAUUGAACAUUGGAACUUAAUUACUUUGUUUUCUAUUGAAUUGGAGCUUCACAAUCAUAUGUCAAUGUGCAAUAUUACCAGGAGGUGGCACUUUUAAACCACCCUAACAAUCCAUCCUUGGCACCAACAGCUUAAAGGCAUAAAUGGAUAAUUCAACAUUUAAAGGGUACAGUUCCAUUUAGAACAGAGAUGAGGGGGAAUUUCUUUAUCCAGAGGAUGAUGAAUCUGUGGAAUUCAUUUCCACAGACGGCAGUGGAAGCCAAGUCAUUGAGUAUAUUUAAAGUGGAAGUUGAUAGGAUCUUUAUUAGUCAGGGUGUUGAUGGUUACAAGGAGGAGGCAGGAGAGGGAAAAUGUAUCAGUCAGGUUGGAAUGGCGGAGCAGACUGGAUAGGCCAGUGCUGCUCCUAUGUCCUACAGUCGUAUCUAAUCUGCCACAUUCCACUCAUGGAAUUCAGAACAAAGUAAAUUUCACUCAGUAAUUUUGUUAGAAGAAAUUUAGGGAGUUUAACAUCCUUAAGUUUGUCUGACCGUUGAACAAGGCCAAAAUAAGGAAGUCAUGGAUAACAGAACAAAUUCAUUGUAUCACAUUGUUGGCAGAUUUUUUAUAAGGUCACGUUCGAUAAUGUAAACCAGUGGUCCCCAACCUCCAGGCCGCGGACCGAUACAUUGCCGCGAAGAAUGCAGUGGUAGUCGGGACGCACCCGGCACAUCUUUAAG